AUGUUUUUGAAGAAUUGCCUCAUACAGUUUUCACUUCCCAUUUGCAUCAUUGGGAUUCCGGUUAUCGCCCGGAUGAUCUCCUUGUAUUUCGCGGAUUCGAUAAUGAUCAACGAGUUCGGCAAUUUCUUCCAGACUUUCUAUGGUCUUGUUUUCACGAUAACGACAAUGUCUGUCUAUAAGCCGUAUCGAUGUUAUUUCACGAAUUUGAUCAGCUGUCGAAAAGAGCCAAAGAUUUUGGUUCACGUAAAAACGUCGAAAAUGGAGAGAAGCACGAAU